ACACACACACACACACACAUUCUUGAAAUUUAAGCAAGUGAAAAUAGAAACCCACAAAUUUAUCAAAAAUAUGAACGGUAAAAAAUCAGUUGUGAAAAAAACUUCAGUUUUUGGUUGCAGUGAUAUGAAAAGAAGCCCAUCUGAAUUAGCCCUCCAAGAACUUUUUCCUUCGGAAGAUGAGAAGAAAUCUGAACAAAAAGCCGGGAUUUUUGGAGGGCCUGAUGACGAGUUCUUUGCUGGGGAUUUGUCAUUUUCUUACAAGAAUUUGGAAAUGAUAAAAGGGUUGUCUAGUUGUAGCCAGUUGGCUAAUAACCCAUAUUUGCCCCAGAAUUUCAGCACUAAGGCUUCUAAGUAUUCUGCUACAAUCGAUUCACAAUCAUCAAUAAGUGCUGGUAUUCCGUCAUCAGCAAGUAAGCCAAAGGGACAAGAUAAUCGAGCAACUGGAGCUAGCAGUGGUUCAUCCCAUGAGCAAUCAGAUGAAUAUGAUCAAGAGAUAGAAGCUGGUCCUUGCGAACAGAGCACUAAUCCUGUCGAUAGCAAACGCAUUAAAAGGAUGGUUUCAAACCGGGAAUCUGCUCGGCGCUCGAGAAGAAGAAAACAAGCACAUUUAGCCGAUCUGGACCAACAGGUUAAGCAACUGCAAGGCGAGUGUGAAACCUUGGUCAAACAACUUGGAGAUGCUACUCAGCAAUUCAAAGAUGCUGCGACUAAUAAUCGAGUGCUUAAAUCAAAUGUGGAAGCUUUAAGAGCCAAGGUGAAACUGGCUGAAGACUUGGUUGCUCGAGGCUCAUUGACCUCUAGUUUGAGCCAUCUUCUUCAGAAUUACUUAAACACACCUCAAACAUUUACGAAUAUCAAUAUUGGCCGGAUGGAUAUUGUCUCUCCUAUCACAAUUCAGGGAGAUGAUAAUGCUUCAUACCCAGGAAUAAUAGAUUCAACCCAACUUGAAAAUUCUAAUACCUUUAAUGGCAGUGCCACCAAUGGACUCAUCACUGAUCCGGUCGGCUGUGUGCUAGACAUGUGGCCUUGAUCUCGCUGGUGUCAAAGUAAAAGACAUAUUGUCAUCUCUAUCCUCAAUCCUUAUAUCGAGGUUUCCUCUAAAUGUUUUUGUUUUUGUUCUAUUGUUUUGAACUUGUGUAGUUGUGUGCUAUGAUUUAGUUUCUUCUCUCUUUGUAGUUGACUACAUCAUCUGUGAGUUGUCAUGUUGUAGAAAUUGUAACGGUGUGUUGAUGCUUUAUGCGUACAUGCUAACUCCAUGGUUGUAAACCUUGAAGAAAACCUUCAAUCUCCUGGUGUAACGACCCUCGUUUCCCACAUCGAUUAUUUAAGUCUUUGUUGUGGGCUUAUAACCAUUUGAUCA